GCCGCUUCGGCCCGUGCAGGCCUCCUGCGUGCCCGCGGGGUGCGCAGCGUGCGCAGAGAGCACCCCCUCUCCCGCCCGCCGGGACAUGCCCGCCGCCGGCCCGGCCCGCCCGGCGGAGGACCGAGAGACCGACGACAGGGUGGCGCUCAAGCGCCCGGGGCCCGGCGAGGACCGCGGCGACGGGCUGCCUGCGCACGUCCUCCGCGAGGUGUCUCUGCUGCGCGACCUCGUCCACCCGAACAUCGUGCGGCUGAGGGACCUGCAGGUCGGUGGCCUCGGCGGGCUCGAGCUGAUCUUCGAGUAUGUUCCGGACGACCUGCACCAGGUCCUGAAGGGCCACCGGAGGGAGGGCACCCAGCUGGCCAUGGAGGAGGUCCUGCGCUAUUCGCAGGAUCUUCUCACCGGAGCCCACGCGUGCCAUGUGCGUAUGGUGAUCCAUCGUGACCUCAAGCCGCAGAACCUCCUCAUCCAUCCUGUGGAUGGUCUUAAGAUCUGCGACUUUGGCCUGGCCCGCACCUUCUCGCUCCCGGUCCAGAGCUACACCCAGGAGGUCAUCACCCUGUGGUACCGCGGCCCAGAGCUGCUGCUGGGGUAUCCCAACUACGGGACGGAGGUGGACAUCUGGUCCACGGGGUGCAUCCUCGCCGAGAUCGCCACUGCUUACCCGAUAUUUCCGGGGGACUCCGAGAUCGGCACUGCCUUCAAGAUCAUGCAGCUGCUGGGCUCCCCCACGGAGGCCACCUGGCCCGGCUUCGAGCGGACCCUCUCGCUCUGGAGCCCCAGCUUCCCGCGCUGGCCGCCCACGGGCCUCGAGGCGAUCCGCGACCGACGCCCGGAGCUGGGCGAUGCUGGCAUGGACCUCAUCCGCUCCCUGCUGACCCUCUGCCCCUCGUCGCGGCCGACCGCCCGGAGGGCCAGGGCCCACGCCGCCUUCUCGCGGCGAGGCUCCGCCGAGGCGGCGGGGCGGGCCGCCCCCGGCGGCGGCGCCGCCCGGGCGUGAUCCUUCGCGCGGGCCCCAAGGAGAUGCACCACCACCACGUCGAUUGCUCCUCCCUCCUCUGCCCUCAUAUAGUCCUUUCCUCUGCCCUGGGACAGGGAGGGGGUAAGGGAGGCGCUCGUGGUGGUGCACCUGUGUGGGCCCCGCACUUCGGCGCCGGCGGCGCGGGCGAUCGCCGGCGGCCUGCGUGCCGAGAGGGCGUGCGGGUGCGUUUCGUCGCUCGUGCUCUCUCCUCGCUCGGAGGAGGGCCACGAGCUGGGCCCCCACUGCUGCUCGAGGCCCGGGGCCUUGGCGGAUGGAGCCCUGAGGGGGG